AUGGCUCCCUCACAAAUGGAACAUCAUGAUCAACAAGAACAACAACAACAAGAAACCCACAAAAAAUCCACUAACUCAUCCCGCAACCUAUUCCGGCCCUAUGCCUUGGGUGAUGAUACACCCAGGAAAAGGAAAGUUAGUCGUGAUUCCUCUUCGGAAACCUCGGAUGAGGAAUGCAGUCAGCAACAGCAAUUUGUCUCAACACCACAAAGCUCACCCACAAAUUUCAACACCUACUAUCAGCAACAGCAACAACAAAUGUCAUCACCAACAGCCAGCGGCAGCACAACCUGUCCCUCACCAGCCCUGAGUCCCAACUCCUAUGCAGAACGUUUGCAAAGACAAAGGGCUGCCCUCUAUAUGCGUUACAUGCAACAAUUUCAACAACAACAGCAGCAGCAACAACAACACCCAUCAUUGGAAGCCACCGCCAAUUAUUCAGUCAGCAGCCCAUCGAACCCCGCAUACUAUCACCCCAUGGCUGCCUAUGCCACAACCUCUGGAUUUAAUGGUUGCUAA